AUGUUUAACGUUAAAUCGCUUAAUAAUGAGAUUGUUGCAAAAAUUGAUUGUCAGGGAUGUCACGAUCAUGUUGAAGUGUCGUUGAGUGAUGGUUCAAGUCGUUCAUGUGUUAUGAUUAAAAAGUUCAUGGAUCAAUGUGCUGAGAGAAUUAAAAGAAUGGAAAUUUAUGAAGAUGAUGUGUGGGUGGUGACAUUUCCAAAGUGCGGAACUACUUGGACACAAGAAAUGGUUUGGCUCGUUAAUAAUGAUCUUGAUUAUGACACAGCAUUUAAUAUUAAUCUCAAUGACAGAUUUCCAUUCUUAGAAUUAAACGGUGUCUUAAACAAGUUUGAUGGGGAUUCUGUUGGAUUGUGUGAGAUGUUAGAACGUCCAAGGCAUAUUAAGUCGCAUCUCCCUGUUUUCCUUCUACCAGACAAACUGUGGACAAUUAAACCUAAAGUGAGCUGAAUUUCUUACAUCAACUAUUGAAAAGAAAUGAAAACUUUCCCUAAUCGUCAGAUAAUUUACGUCGCUCGUAAUCCUAAAGAUGUUGCAGUGUCAUUCUUUCAUCAUUAUCGUCAUAUUGUUGGCUACGAAGGAACACAAGAAGAUUUUACAGAAGCUUUUCUUCAUAAUCAAGUCAUUUAUGCGCCAUUUAACGAUCACGUUCUUGACUUUUGGAACUUACGAAGCAAGUCAAAUGUUUUGUUUCUCUUCUAUGAAGAUAUGAAGAAGAACAUGGCAAAGAUUGUUGAAGAAACUAUGAAGUUCUUGGAAAAGAAUUAUUCAAAUGAUCAGGUUAUGAAGCUUUGUAGACAUCUCUCUGUUGAAUCCAUGCGAGCGAACCCAGCAUGCAAUAACGACUUGCUCGUUGAAAAAGCAAAAUUUCUCAACAGAAAUGGACAAAUCAGUGGGGAUUUUAAAUUCAUUCGAAAAGGCAUUGUUGGAAGUUAUAAAGAUGAAUUUUCACAACAAGUGCAUAAGAAAUUUGAUGCUUUUAUGCAACAUCCACCAUUGAAAAGUAAUCAAUUUACUUAUAGAAUUUAAUUCAAAAAUAAAAGAAAGUUUUUCGGGGGUGUUUGGAGUUAAUUCUUUACCAUUUAAGUAAAAUAAAGACAUUUAAAUUU